UGACAGUUAAAAUCAGGCAAGACUGCAAGAGCAGAAAAUCAGCUGCUUUUAGAUUUUUACAAACAAUUUGAUAAUUUUACCAAAUUCUUGUAAAAUGGAGUUUAUCGAGCUUAUAUUAAUAAAUAAAUUGGACGGUGUCAUUUUAAAAUAUCCUCAUCACGAAAAUGUUGAUGGCACAGUUUGUAUUACAGGACACCACCUUAUCUUGAGUUCCAGAAAAGAAGGCGUUCGCGAGCUAUGGCUCCUUCACAAAAAUAUAGAUAGCAUAGAGAAGAAGGAAAACAAACCAAGUGGUGGUGUACCACAAGGAGGCUCUCUAUUCCUCAAAUGUAAAGAUCUGAAAAUUUUCCAGUUAGAUAUUGGAACAACUGCAGAACUGAAUCAGAUGGCCCAGACACUGGAAAAUUUGUCUGGUCUGCAAGACCCUGGACUCUUCUACCCAUUUUUUUAUAGACAUAUGCAUCCCAUUGUUGAAAAUGGGCAUACGCUGUAUAGUAUUGAAGGAGAGUUCACAAAGGUUCUGGCAACGGAAGAGUGGCGCGUAUCCCGAGUGAAUCAGAAUUACUCGGUGUGCAACAGUUACGGAAAAGCUGUUUUGGUUCCAAAGAACAUUGACGAUGAGACGAUAGCUGCAGCAGCCACCUUCAGGCAAGGGGGACGGUUCCCUGUGCUCUCUUACAGGCAUAAUAAUGGGGCAGUCCUAAUACGCGCAGGUCAACCGCUCUACGGGCCGAAGCACCGGCGCUGCAGGCCCGACGAAGCGAUCUUAAACACCGUCGUCGCCAUCGGCACCAAGGGGGUCAUAUACGACUUACGAAGCUCGAACUCUAUAUCACAGCAGCAGAGUAAAGGGGGUGGUACAGAAAGUAACUCAAAUUAUUCCCAGUGGAAAAUAUACAACAGAUCCAUGGAUGAUGUUGACAACCAACAACAGCUGUUAGAUAGUUAUUCCAAGCUAAUUGAAGCGUGCAACGACCGAGAAAUAUCAAGCGAUAAAUGGAUAUCUAAGCUAGAGUCAUGCGGGUGGCCAGAAAGCGUCAGGAACUCUUUGCACACCGCUUGUAUCGUCGCUCAGCACAUACACCAAAAAGCAGAGCCCGUACUAAUACACGGCACGCGUGGUGAAGACGCUACUCUACUGGUCUGCUCUCUAGUACAAAUUAUACUUAACCCCGACUGUAGGACUAUAAGAGGACUCCAAGCUCUAAUAGAACGCGAAUGGCUCCAAGCGGGUCAUCCGUUCGGCUCGCGGCACCGCUGUGGCCCAUACGGCCCCGCCCAGCCAAAGGCCGCGCCCACAUUUACGCUGUUCCUGGACUGUGUUAGACAGUUCCUGGAACAGUUUCCCUGCAGCUUCGAGUAUCGCCAGUCGUACCUGAUCACGCUGUUUGAGCACUCUUACGCUAGUCAGUUCGGUACGUUCAUCUGCGACACAGUGCAAGAACGCGAAUCAAGAGGUGUAUUCGAGCAGACCACCAGUAUUUGGUCGUGGAUCAACCAGCCCGACGAGUUGCCCGCGUACAUCAACCCUCUGUAUGACCCCACGCCGAACGUGAUAUGGCCUUCCGUGGCGCCCAUGAGCUACGUUAUAUGGGAAGAGCUCUACCUCCGAUGGCUAGUCGAACAACACACAGAAGAGCGCGAAGAACAAUACCGGGCGAUCCGCACUCGAGAACAGCAACUCAAGUCUCAAGCGCAGCAGCUACGAAGGGAACUGUUCGACAUCGCCCAGCAGUACUACCCGCCUCCCAAGACCGAUCUCAAGACGGACAAGUAGCCUGAUCUGGUCAGUGAGUAGCUUAAUAGUAUAUCAGUCAAUGUAUUACGUGAGCGAAGAACUUAAAGGAGGAAGAAUGCUUCAGUGAUUGCAAGUCAAGGUUUUGGAAUAGUUUGGUACAAUACCCGGCGAUAAAUAUUGCACAUCGACCUUUAGAAAGAGACAAUCGUUAAUUUCGGUUUCGUAGAGCGUUAUCACUGUCGCACUUGAACAAUGACUGACAAUGACGUUUUGUCAAAGUGUAAACAAACUUUAUUUUAAAUGUGUGCAAUUGAUUUUGUGAAUUAAAUUGCUAAAAACUUUUUAUAGUCGUGAAAGAAAAGUGGUUUACAAUGUGUUAAAAUAUUUGUCGAAGAGAAAUACUAAGAGUUCGGACAAUAUUUUCAUUGAAUAAUGUUUUGUCAAUGACGUUUUAUCAAUCGUAUAGGUAGUGUGCGACAGAGAUAACGCUCUAAGAGCCGAAAUUAACCGAUUCUCUUUCCAAAGGUCGAUGUGCAAUAUUUAUUGCCGGGUACUGUAAUGUAAAAUGAGUAUUAGGUAGGUUGGUGGAAAUUUUAUUAUGGUUCGUGUCAAUUCCACGUCCCGUAAAUUAUGAUAUAAUAUGCAAAACGAAGUUAUUAAAGUUUUACUAGUUCAACCUCACUCGUUCAGCGCUCAGCUCGCGAAAAGAUACAAAUAAUAGGGGUACAGUGUAGUCUCCUUUACUUAUGACACUGACAUUUUCAAUCGUUAUUACCACUCACGCGCAUAAUGCAUUAAAUUGUUAUGUAAAGGAAUUUUGCACUUUCUUUGACAGUGCUGGUUGUCACUCAAAAUAUUGUUUAGCACCACUGUAGAUUGCUUUAAACCUAUUUAUUCCUGCAUUACCAAGAUCUGAAUAUUAUAAGUUGAACCUACCGAAUUAUUACAUGCCUGGUUAUGCAAACAAGGUAUA